AUGGAUUACCCUGAAGAUGAGUAUAAUAGUGUUGUUUGGGACACAGGAGCGACUAGCUCUUUGAAACCUGAUGAAUUGUCAGAGGAAGAGGAUAAUGUAGCAACAAUGACAACCGGAACAACAACAGAGACACCAUUUGUAACAACAGACCUUAGCGAGUCAAUAUCAAGUAACAUAGACGAAAACAUGUUUUCGGUUUCGACACUUGCCCCCUCACCCAUUAAUAAUUCCUUUCAAUCAGGAUUUAUUAAUCAGAACAAUUCCUUUCAAUCAGAAUUUAUUAAUCAAACCAAUUCAACACAGUCAUUAUCACCCAAUAUCAAUAUCCCAAUUGCUUUUCCUAUGACUAUUACAGUAACAGAUCCAAAAAAGGAGCUUGAUGGUACUAAAGAUGCGUUCAUGUUGUAUACAAUAACUACAAAGACCACUUUAGAAACUUUUACCGCAUCUACAGUGAAUAUAAAACGAAGAUUUCAAGAUUUUGUAUUGUUGCAUACAUUUUUAAGUAACGAUUUUCAUGCCUGCGUAGUCCCUCCUUUGCCAGAUAAACAUAGAAUGGAAUAUAUUACUGGUGAUCGUUUUUCGGAUGAAUUUGUUGAAAAACGUCGUGCAAGUCUUCAAAGAUUUUUGGAAAGAUUAGCUAGACAUCCAAAUGCUGAAUCUUUGGCCAUACAAAAGAAAGCAGCCGGUGAUGGUAUUUUGGAACAUUUAGGAGAUGCUUUAAUUAAUGCAUUUUCAAGAAUGAAAAAACCAGAUGAAAGGUUUGAAGAAUUAAAAGAAAAUAUAGAUAAACUUGAAGAAAAUUUACAAACAGUUGAGAGAUUAUAUCAAAAGAUUAUUAAAAGACAAACGGAUCUGGAAGCUGACUAUAGAGAAUUUGGUAGUACCGUUUCUGGGUUGGGACAAUUAGAAACAGGAUUGACAUCUCAUUUAGAAAGUUUUGGUGAAACUUCAUCCAAGUUUGCUGACGCUUGGAAAGAAUUGAUAAGAGAUUUUCUUAAUUAUUGUCAUUGUGUUAAGAAUGUGUUGAAAUUACGAGAUCAAAAACAAGUUGAUUUUGAAGCACUUUCAGAAUAUCUUCAGAAUGCAAAAUUGGAACUUGAUAGUUUUGUGAAUACUGGUAAAGUAUCUACAAGUAUUUCAUCGUAUAUGCGAGAAAGAAUUGAUAAUUUUAAAGGUGUUGAUCAAGUUGGAGAAAGAAGUUGA